AUGUGGCUGAAGCCCGAGGAGGUGCUGCUGAAAAAUGCCCUCAAGCUGUGGGUGCAGGAGCGCUCCAACCAGUACUUCGUGCUGCAGAGGCGGCGGGGCUACGGCGAGGAGGGCGGAGGCGGGCUGGCAGGUCUUCUCGUGGGAACAUUAGAUGCCGUGUUGGAUUCUACAUCGAAAGUCGCCCCAUUUCGCAUCCUGCAUCAGACACCAGACUCUCAAGUCUACUGGUCCAUUGCAUGCGGAUCCAGCAGAGAAGAAAUAACAGAACACUGGGACUGGUUAGAACACAAUGUUAUGAAGACUUUAUCCGUAUUUGAUUCAAAUGAAGAUAUUACGAGCUUUGUCCAGGGAAAGAUAAGAGGUUUGAUUGCUGAAGAGGGAAAAGGUUCUUUUGUAAAAGAAGAAGAUCCUGAGAAGUUUCGUGAAGGUCUUAUGAAGUUUGAGAAGUGUUUUGGAUUACCGGAGCAGGAGAAGUUGGUUACCUAUUACUCAUGCAGUUACUGGAAGGGCAGAGUGCCCUGUCAAGGAUGGCUUUAUCUUAGUACCAACUUCCUUAGCUUUUACUCAUUUUUGCUGGGAGCAGAAAUAAAACUUAUUAUCUCCUGGGAUGAAAUAUCAAAACUUGAGAAGACUUCCAAUGUGAUUCUGACAGAGAGCAUUCACGUGUGCUCCCGUGGGGAAGAUCACUAUUUUUCCAUGUUUUUGCACAUUAGUGAAACGUUCCUUCUCAUGGAGCAGCUGGCAAACUAUGCUGUUAGGAGACUUUUUGACAAGGAGACAUUUGAAGAUGACCUAGUCCUUCAUGACCCCCUGCAGAUCACCAAGAGAGGCCUAGAGAGCCGUGCCCACAGUGAGCAGUUUAGUGCAUUCUUCAGGCUACCCAAAGAAGAGACCUUGAAGGAAGUUCAUGAGUGCUUCUUAUGGGUUCCUUUCAGUCAUUACAACACCCAUGGGAAAAUGUGCAUUUCAGAAAACUACAUCUGCUUUGCUAGCCAGGAUGGCAGCCUGUGCAGUGUAAUCAUUCCAUUAAGAGAGGUCACAGGGGUGGAUAAGGCAGAUCCAGCCAAUAGAGGAGUCAGCAUUAGUACCAAAGGAAAAACAGCUUUUCGUUUCACAGAGGUUAGAGAUUUCGAACAGCUUGUGGCAAAACUCAGAAUGAAAUGCAAUGCAGCUUCAAGUCCACAACACAUCAUAACUACAGAGGUUGCAGCUAGUUCUGCCUCUGACAGUCCAAAGGAUUUUGAUGCAGGACCAUCAAAGAUGGGUCAGAGAGAUAACAGCAAAACUGUCAGUACAGAAGCCCUAAUGACUGUCUACCAUCCUCAGGAUGCUGAGAAUCUAGACUCUAAAAUGUUGAAAGAAAAAAUGAAAGAACAGUCCUGGAACAUCCUUUUUGUCGAACGUGGACAUGGUGUCAGUAUGUUUCGAACAAAGAAGACUCGAGACCUAGUUGUAAGAGGGAUCCCAGAGGCAUUAAGAGGAGAGCUCUGGCUACUCUUCUCAGGUGCUGUAAAUGAUAUGGCAUCCAACCCUGGUUAUUACACUGAGUUGGUGGAAAAGUCCUUAGGAACGUGCACUUUAGCUACUGAUGAAAUUGAACGAGAUUUACGUCGCUCCUUACCUGAGCAUCCUGCUUUUCAAAGUGACACAGGAAUUUCUGCACUCAGGAGAGUUCUUACAGCUUAUGCAUACAGGAAUCCCCAAAUUGGAUAUUGUCAGGCAAUGAAUAUUUUGACAUCAGUACUUCUGCUGUAUGCUAAAGAGGAGGAAGCAUUCUGGCUUUUGGUUGCUGUGUGUGAAAGGAUGCUACCCGAUUAUUUCAAUCGUCGAAUCAUUGGUGCCUUGGUAGAUCAGGCAGUGUUUGAGGAGCUCAUCAGGGUUCAUCUGCCUCAGUUGACAGACCACAUGACGGACAUGACUUUUUUCUCCUCGGUCUCUCUCUCCUGGUUCCUUACCCUUUUUAUCAGUGUGCUGCCUAUUGAAAGUGCAGUCAAUGUGGUGGACUGUUUCUUCUAUGAUGGAAUAAAGGCAAUCUUGCAGCUGGGUCUCGCAGUGCUGGAAUACAACAUGGAGAAGUUGCUGACUUGUAAGGAUGAUGCAGAAGCAGUCACUGUUCUCAACAGAUUUUUUGACAGUGUCACUAACAAAGACAGUCCUUUGCCUCCAACUGUGCAGCAGGGCUCCAACCUCAGCGAUACAAAGAGUGACCAUCCAAAAGUGGACAUUACUGAUUUGAUCCGAGAGUCAAAUGAAAGAUAUGGCGAUAUUCGAUAUGAGGAUGUUGAGAGCAUGCGCUGCAGGAACAGGCUUUAUGUGAUCCAGACGUUAGAAGCUACGACCAAGCAGAAUGUGCUACGUGUUGUGUCCCAGGAUGUAAAAUUCAGUCCUAGUGAGCUUGAAGAGCUUUAUGAAUUAUUCAAGAAGGAGCACUUUCUUUCCUGUUAUUGGAAUGUAAAUAGUCCUGUCUUGCAACAUCAUGAUGCCAGCCUGCCAUAUCUUGACCAGUAUCGGAUUGAUUGCCAGCAAUUCAGGGUUCUCUGUCAUCUCUUGAGCCCCUGGUCACACUGUGCAAACAGAGACUCGCUUGCAUUGUGGACAUUCAGACUGAUGGAUGAGAGCUCCGAUUGCCUUAUAAACUUCAAACAAUUUGCCUGUGUUCUUGAUACCAUGUAUAAUGGAAGUUUCACUGACAAACUCAAGCUUCUUUUUAAGUUGCACAUCCCUCCAGCUUUUACUGAAGUAGAAUCUCUGAGCCCUUCCAAAGGUGGUGAUCUUUCAAAAGAAGAACUGAUCCACUUCAGCCAGCUCAGUGUUUCAUCUGUUGGGGAUAGUAUUGAAAGUGAUUCUUUGAAGAGCAGCCCAGAAAAAGUAGGAAAGGGGAAGGUUGAUAUUCAGGCAUAUCUGAAGCAAUGGCAAGAUGAACUUCUUAAAAAAGAAGAAAACAUUAAGGAUUUGCCAAGAAUGAAUCAGUCUCAGUUCAUCCAGUUCUCAAAAACUCUGUACAAUCUGUUCCAUGGGGAUCCCGAGGAGGAACUGUUAUAUCGGGCUAUAGCGGUGGUUACCAGCCUCCUGCUGAAAAUGGAAGAAGUUGGGAGAAGACUGCAGAGUCCCACAUCACCAGUGAAAAGUCCAGUUGCCGUUAUGGAGGUGCCUGCUGAAAUCACCAGAAAAGGGCAGGAGGAAAGCAGCUCUGAGCAGACUGAAGGCAGUAGAACACAGAGUUUGAGAGGGAACCAUGAAUGGUCUUUUGCCUUUGAACAGAUUCUGGCAUCCUUAUUAAAUGAGCCAGCCUUUGUGAGAUUUUUUGAGAAACCUCAUGACAUAAAAGUUAAAAUAGAGUGUGCUAAAAAUUUACAACUUAAAGCAAGAACCAGAGUGUAAUUUUCUUUACCUUUGACUCUGAAUGAACCACAUAAAGCGCUUACAAAUGAAGGUUGUUACUAUGGAAAUUGAGUCUGGUGUUUACAUAGGGAAUGGAGUUUGAAGAGUUAGCUUUAAAUAUCAGAUUACUGGUAUGUAAUGUAAAUAAAAAUAGUUCGAAGCACAAUCACUUUCUUGCAUUGUUCAUAAGUUUCACUCCAACAAAAGGACUGAAUAAUAAACUGUCUUUACCAUGUUAUUAAAAUAUGCAACAUUGCUUGGAAAUACUAGAUGUGACCUAUUGCAAACCUAUCUGAGUGACAGCUGUUACAGUGCGUGCUCUCCAGGUUCAUUUCUAUUACUGUGAUAAAAGGAAUAACUUCCAGCCAUUUUCACUUAAAAGGAGUAUCGACAGCUUAGAGCUUGUCUUCCAGGUUAGUUUAAUUAGUUAUUUCCAAACUUGCAUGUGGACUGGGAUCAAAGCAGGGUGAAGAAGAGAGGCUAUGGUAGGCACAAGAGCAUGAGGUUAGAGAAGAAAGUUGCCCUGCUCUCAAUUCCUCUGCUUUGGUGUUACCGAUGGUCCUGGACUCUUGCAGAUUCCAGCCCCUCAUCGGCAGUUUUCAGACUGCAUUAUCCCAGCCCACGUCUUAGUUUUUGCAACAAACAACUGGUUUCCUGCUUUUCUAGCUCGGCCUAUAUAUGAGUUCUCUUUCCCAUUUUCAUACCAAUCCUCCUACAAUAUAGGUGAAAAGGAUAGCAGCUUGUUUGGUCAUCCAGGCUGCACACGGAUGCAAAAGCUAGCAUAGAUUGUUGAAAUCAAGGGAAAGCAGUGGCAAAAUCUGUCUGACCACGUGGUGGUUGUCAUUUGUCUUGCAAGAGGAGCCGUUGUUGGCUUCUUAGGAGCAUGCUGAUGAAAUGUGUAGUUUUGCUUGUGUUUGGAAAGCCCAAGCACAGACCAUCUUUAGCUGCUUUGUAGUUCCUGAAUGCUGACUAUUGAACUGCUAGGGACAGAUUGCAGUUGCUCCUUUGCCUACCCUGAGUCCAUUCCUCAACCUAAUAAUUAUUCUUUCUUUUCUGUAGCUCUCUGGAUUAUUGCUACUGUAAUAUUUUCUAUCUGCCAGGAUUCAUGGCAACAAGAAAGUCCUCUGGAAUCUGACUUGAAAUUUUUAAUAUAUAAAAAACGAUACAGGAAAAAUCCUGUGGAGGCAAGCUCUGCCAGCGUUAAUGCUGAUAAAUGUUGACCUUGAACCUUCAGUAGCUGGUGCUAGAAUGAGUUUAGAGAAAGAGGGGAAGAGCUUGUAUUUUAACAACAACAACAAAGUAAACUGGGAGUCUCUGCUAAACUAGUUAAAAAUGGCUGUUUCUAAAGCCUGUGUGACAAUCUUUCUCUGCAGAGCAGCAUUAUUUUUAUACUGUGCAUGUUUUUUGUAAAGAAGCGGAAUGGGGAUGGUAUCAUUCACUGAGGCUUUUCUUGCAAUACUAAUAUGAAUGAAGAAUAAAAUGAAAUUUUGACUUGUGUUACAAGUGCUUGGUGAAAUACCAUCAUUGCAAUUGAUGUUAAAGUUCCCGUGCUGCUUCUAAAGAAUACAGUUUUGAUCAGGAGCAAUGAAUUUAUGAAUUAUUUCUUCUACUCUCCCCCAUACUCUCAGGUAUUAAUGUAAAAUAAAGUUUUAUUGAAUGAACAGUAACUCCAAAAACUAUAUCAUAUAUGUGAGAAAUGAGGAAGCUUUUUUCAGACGCCUUCACAAAGUAAUUACACUUGAUACAAUAUAAUACCGAUUUGUAUUUUUAUGUGUAAAAUAUAAAAACUAAUUUAUGCAUUCAUAUGGGUAUGUUUCUGAGGCAAAGUAGGGCAACACUGUGUUACUUUUAAAAUGUAUUCACCCACUGUUUUCCUAAUAUUGUUUUAGAAAUACAAAGCAGAUGAUAUUGUUGUUCUAGUCUGGGACGUACUCAGAUAAGGUUUGCUUGGUGAGUAAUUCUUCUGCAAGUAGCCGUGCCAAAAUUGUAAUGGAGCCCCAUGAAAACAGAUGCAGCUGCCCAUCUAAAAAGCUUUUGUAGGUUUAUGACGGAUAUUGUUAAUUUCAAGAAGUAGUCAAAGCUAUGAACUAUUUGCUAAGCAAGGUAGCACAGAGAUAUGGAAGUCUUAGAACUCAGUGACAUUUUUUGGUUGAGAGCCAAGAUGUUAAGAUCUCAGUACAGAAGACUGUACUGAAGGAACUUGCAAAAUACAACAGCCUUGUGACAUUACUUGGUUUGCUUAUGCAAAACUGAGCACCUUUUUAAAAUACCAUUUUCUAUUAGUGUCAAUCCAAGAGACUGUAGAGCCAUUACCAGUUAUGUAGUAGCUCUUGUCAGCUAUCAUAUCUAUGUAUAAAGAGAGAUUACCAGCAUAUAUAUAUAUAUAUAUAUAUAUAAAAAAAAAAUAGAUUUAAGGUGAGAAGUUAGGAUAUGUAGGGGAACACUAACUUUUAUUAACUGCAUGGAUUCUGUUGGAUUUGUUUAUUUUUUUUCCCAAAAAGGGUAAUGUCUUUAGAUCGUUCCUGUAAUACACCUGCAGGCUGAUCCAGCAAGACUAGUCAGAGUGGCCAGGCAUCCAGCCGCAGCAGGACGGAGGGUGGAGCAAGGUGGCUUCCAGCAGGCUGGCAGCACUCAGGCAACUGCCUAGCUGGCAGGUUCUUCCUUUUGGAGCCUGUGGAUCACUGAUCCUUUAGGGAGAUCUAGAUGCAGCAAACGCCAGCUAUUUCCAAGGAGUGUGACCCAGAGGUGUGUUUGCUGGGCUGCUUCCAGAGUGUGCUGUAACAUUGAGGGACACUUGCGCUUUGCUUGUGACAGAAUAACUCUGGAGUUAGUGUCUGGCUGCUUUCCUUCCCUUUCCUAUGGUGGAGAUAGGCUGGCUAACAAGUACGUGCAGGCUUGGUUGGGCUUGGGGGAGCCAGAGCAAUAGAAGCUCUUUCCCUCUCCAGUCCCAAAAGGUGAUGCCUUGACUUUAAAGCCCUGCAUAGUCAGGGACAGAGAUCCCCAGGCGAUACAGCUUUCUGGCCAGCUGAAGUCCUUGGUGAUGCAAAGAUGAACCCAGGUUCACAUCACAUUGCGUUAGGACACUGUGGGUGUGCACACUUGUGUUGCAGGAGGUCAGCUGCCACAUGUAGCUGGGAGUUAAGCAGAAAUUCUAGCAAGGAGUCCGGUGGUUGCAGGGUGUCUGACCCAGAAUUACUCAGCUACUUCCCAAGGGGGGGACUUUCCAUUCACAUUGUAACUUGGAAGUUUUUAGAAGUGUUCUUGGACUUCGAACAGUUCAUUCACUAACAGGAAGCAGCGUGGUUAAGUGAGUACUGAUGUGUCAUUUCACAUUAUCUAUGUUAUUUUUUUGUGUAACAGAUUUCAUGAAGUUAAGUCUUUUUAUUUUUUUGGUUCAGUUAUAGGAAAUAAAUGAAUGUGCAUCAUUCAGUACAAAAUAGACAGUGGUAGGUAGGAUAUAGAUUGCUAAAACUAGUGAUGCUGUUUAUACAGUUUUAAAAUUGCACUACCUGCUGCAGCGUCACCAGCGUCACUUGGCAGCUAUGCCAUGGUUAUUUACCCUGAAACAUUCUCGGUGGCUGUUAGCGUACACUGCACAGUCCUUUCUAGUGGCUAGGCCGUUAUUAUUGUUGCUAUGCGCAAAAGAUGCCUUUUGUCAAACGUAAUCGUUAGCCCAGGGGGAUGGCUAGCAGAGCUGCGGUGUUCCCUCGGUCUUGCAAUACAGAGCGUGCUGCUCGGGGAGCCUGUCGCCGUUCCCUGCACGCCAGGUGAACGGUGGCAGCCCUGACCACCACGAGGAGCUGGCUGCUUGACCUCUUUGUGCGCCGAGUUCAGGGCUUGAACACACGAGGUGAGGGAAUAGCUGAACUACCAGUAAUAAAAAUACGAGCCCUUUCCACCAUGGUGGAGAACUGCUUGUAAUUCAACUGGUAGCAUUUCCCUGGACAUGGAAAUUGUCGCUGCCAUGUGAUUCAGAAAAAACACUCUGUGUUUCCAUCCAUUCCUAAAACAAGCCACUUGUUCAUCACUCCAAUGGCUAGAUGAUAACGUAUUUUUAGAAGAGUUUGCUACCAUAGUGACUAGGAAAUAGCCGUGUGUUGAUUUUACCAGAAGUUUCUCAUCCAGUUGUACCAUACAAGGUUCUUGAUUGCAAUUGCAGUUGUUAUCUGGACUAAAACAAAAAGAAAUAUUCCAAUUUGUUUCCAGGAAAAUAGGCUAUUUUGUCUUUUUUGCUAUAGCUUUGUCACUUUACCAAGAAGGCAACACAGGUUUGUGUUGGCAGGUUGGCUUUUUAUACAAUGUAUUGUAUGCAGAAGUACUGUAAGACAAAUGAGGUGUAAAAUAAAAAUGUUUCACUUAAAAAAAAA